AUCCACUGCCUCUUAAAAGUGAGCUCAUCUGGCGCUGGGUUUCAUUGAAGUCCUCCACUGUGCCUGAAGGAAGAAUGCUUCUGGGCAGUGGGAACGUGGAGAAGAUGUGGUCUGUCCAGCUGUGUCUUGGAGUGCUAACCAUCCUGACCAUGACUCUGUGUGUCCCAUCCACACAUGGAGAACCUUUUUUACUACAAGAGAACCGAGUGCUUCCAGAGAGAGAAGACACAAAUCACGAGGACACACUGCUGAAUCUGCUUCUUAAUAAGAAAUUUGCAUGGCGGAGGCCAGAAAAUGUUGACUGGGAGUUGGCAAAGAAAUUUGAAGAGCUUGAACAGCUGGAGAAGUUGAAAGAUCAGCUCUCAACUGAGGAAGGGUCAGAGGUGGCCUAUGCCUUGGAAAGUCUCUCAGCAUCCCAGCCCAAAAAACGCGCCUGCUUUUGGAAAUACUGCAUCUGAAGGCUCAUCAGGACUGGAGGAUGAAGAUGAGCCCUUCCCCAAACUGCCUUGCUGGGUAUUAAUGUGUUAAGAAUUUGUUCUGUUCUCUCAUCGUGCUGCUAAUUUGGAUGCCAUCCUCCAUGACCACACCACAGCCAAGUCUAACAGGGACUGUGACAGGAGCUGGUAGCCCGCUGCCACUCUCUGCUGCUCCUUCCUUCCAGGUCUACCCUACCAUGGUCUUCUACUUGGAAGAUGCUUCCCAACUUUCUGUGCUGUCCUGUGUGUGCCAUUCAGGCUAUUGCCACUGUACACUCUCCCCCUUCUCACCAGGUCCCCUGAGGCACCAAACACUAACUCAGCUUCCCUGGCCUCGAGCCUCUGCCCACACCUGCAGAUGUUGCUCACAGUGGUGUCUGGGUUUUCUGUUGCCUCCUACAAACAGGUCUGUGAUGACCUAAUGGCUGCUGUUG